GAGUAAAGAACAAGAAAAAUCUUAAGUUAUACCUCUUCUUCAUCUGAUUAUAUCUCUCACCCUCCUACGGAAGAAGGUCGCCGGCGGUAAGACGCUACAGUCUGUUCUUCUCCGGGGAAGGGGUUCGUCUAUUAUUAAAUAAGUCAUGGGAAGCCUAUUCAGGAUAACCCGUAAAUUGGCUGUAAAUGCUGGCCGACUGGUGUCUUUGCCAGCGGCAGAAAGAUCUUACAGCCCGAUUCCUAUAGUAAUCGAGCAAUCUUCUAGAGGCGAGAGAGCUUAUGAUAUCUUCUCUCGCCUUUUAAAGGAACGAAUCAUUUGCAUCAACGGGGAGAUCUGCGAUAAUGUGUCUCAUGUUGUAGUAGCGCAACUUCUGUUCCUCGAGUCUGAGAACCCGUCCAAGCCCAUCAACAUGUAUAUUAAUUCUCCAGGAGGUGUUGUUACAUCAGGUCUUGCUAUCUACGACACAAUGCAGUAUAUCCGAUGUCCCAUAAACACGAUGUGUUUGGGUCAAGCUUCGUCCAUGGGUUCACUCUUGCUGACUGCAGGGACAAAGGGAGGAAGGCGUGCUCUCCCAAAUGCCUCAAUUAUGAUUCAUCAACCGUCUGGUGGGUACAAUGGGAAGUGUAUGGAUCUUACAAUUCAUGCCAAGCAUAUGGCUAAGCUGUGGGAUUCAUUGAAUGCAUUGUAUUCCAAACAUACUGGACAAACUGUAGAAGUAAUCCAGAAGAGUUUGGAGAGAGAUAAUUUCAUGACUCCAGAAGAGGCCAAGGAAUUCGGGCUAAUUGAUGAGGUCGUUAACCAACGUCCCCUAGAAUUGGUUGCUGAUGCUGUUCAAAAUGCACCUGAGAAAGUUUAGUGGGUUUUUGAAAACCUAGAUUAGGUUUGCUUUGUUUGAACUUCAAAGAUUAAACUUGAAUUUGUUUGUUUAUUUUGAGGAUUUUAUAAUAUAAGGUUGGACUAAGAAUAACAUCGAUGUAGUUUGAUUUGAUGAUCAAUCCUUUUGUUCUCUUUCUUGGUUUAAAUUCUUAUUUCAAAAUUUAAUGUUAACUGUUUGUAUGAGUAUAAUAUAUCACGUUUCUCCUA